CGGCGGCGCCGGCGCUGCAGCCCGGGCGGCGGAGCGGGACGGCUGGGAACGGACCGGCGCUGCCCGACGGACUGACCAUGGCCGAGCAGCCGCAGCCCAUCAGCCCGCUCAAGAACUUCCUGGCCGGCGGCUUCGGCGGCGUGUGCCUCGUGUUCGUGGGGCACCCCCUGGACACGAUCAAGGUCCGACUGCAGACACAACCACCCAGUUUGCCUGGACAGCCUCCCAUGUACUCUGGGACCUUUGACUGUUUCCGGAAGACCCUUAUUAGAGAGGGCAUUACAGGGCUGUAUCGGGGCAUGGCUGCCCCUAUCAUCGGGGUCACCCCCAUGUUUGCCGUAUGCUUCUUUGGAUUUGGUUUGGGGAAGAAACUACAACAGAAAGGACCAGAGGAUGUGCUCAGUUACCCCCAGUUGUUUGCCGCUGGGAUGUUAUCUGGUGUAUUCACCACAGGAAUCAUGGCCCCAGGAGAACGGAUCAAGUGCCUGUUGCAGAUUCAGGCUUCUUCAGGGGAAACUAAGUACGCUGGUCCCUUGGACUGUGCCAAGAAGCUGUUUCAGGAGUCUGGGAUCCGAGGCAUCUACAAAGGGACUGUGCUUACCCUUAUGCGAGAUGUUCCAGCCAGUGGGAUGUAUUUCAUGACCUAUGAAUGGUUGAAAAAUAUCUUCACUCCAGAGGGAAAGAGUGUCAGUGAGCUCAGCGCGCCCCGGAUCCUGGUGGCUGGUGGCAUUGCAGGGAUCUUCAACUGGGCGGUGGCAAUUCCUCCAGAUGUGCUCAAGUCCCGCUUCCAGACUGCACCUCCUGGGAAAUAUCCUAAUGGCUUCCGAGAUGUGCUGAGGGAGCUGAUCCGGGAUGAAGGAAUCACAUCUUUGUACAAGGGGUUCAAUGCAGUGAUGAUCCGAGCCUUCCCAGCCAAUGCGGCCUGUUUCCUUGGCUUUGAAGUUGCCAUGAAGUUCCUUAAUUGGGCAACCCCCAACUUGUGAGGUUAAAGGCUGCUCAAGGCUUUUGGAUGCUGGAGGCCAUCACCGAGGAGGAGCAGUGGACAGGACUAGGCAGUCCUGAAGGGUGAGGGGAGGGGGAUGGUGGGAUCAGAGCUCUGUGUGUGGACUUGGGGAGACCGUUGCCUUAAUGACAUCUUCUGCCUUGUAUAACUUGGUGGGCCAAUUUGGAACUUGGAUUCGCUCUUUGUCAGUUUAAGAGAUUGCAAGAGGAUUUGUGGAGUGACUAAGUGACUUCUAGGCCAGGUACACCUGUGACCAGAAUGCUACCUACUGACUGACUGCUGGCCCUACUACACCCAAAAUUCUCCUCACUAAAGAGGCACUCUCAGCCUCUCCCUAGAGACACUGUGCAACCAGCUGGAGCUGGAUUUUUUUUUUUUAGUCCCUAGCCUGGAACCCCCAUCUGAUUUCCAGGGUGUCAUCUGAUCCUGGGCUCCACAGUUUGAGGUGGACUUAAGGCCCCUGCCUGUUUGUCCAAGUGGACAGGGUGUCAAUGCCUAGGAAUAGAUGGCCUACUAACCAUUCACUUUUGAUAUUUUUUUGUAAUCAAAAGUAAAGCUGUAUGUGCUCAUUUUGGCAGCAUAUCCACCAAAAUUGGAAUGAUACAGAGAAGAUUAGUGUGGCCCAUAAAAGAAAAACAAAGGCUAGAGUCGCCUGAUUUCCUAGCAGUGGGUGGAGAGCUUUCCCUCCUACACAGCAGGGGCAGUCCCAGCCUGCCAGGAUAAGUGAGAGCCCGGGGUGUAGAAAGACUCUUUUUGCACACACUUUUCUCAUGAGAGCGCUCUAUUUUAACAGGAAGCAAUAAAUAUUGUUUCUAAUUUU